UCCCUGUGUUCCACCUGAUAUUUAACUCUGUCUUCUCUCUCUCUGUUUCUGCCUUCCUUUCACCUGCAGUGGUUCUCCCCAUUAAGCUGUCACCAGCUCCUGGGACCUGGCCUGCUGAGGCUAGGCCGUUUAAGGCUGCGGUCCCCCUCUCAGACUGCAAUGACCCCAGGCCUCUGGCUAUCUGCCUUUGGCCUCCUCCGAGGCGACCAUCUAUUCCUGUGUCCAGCACCAGGCCCUGGCUCCCCUGCCCCUGAGGACACUGUGCACCUACGCAGACUGCAGGAGAUCAGUGUUGUGUCUGCAAGUGAUAGCCCUGAUAAGAAGGACCAUUUAGUCCUGGUGGAAACAGGAAGGACCCUGUAUCUACAGGGGGAGGGCCGGAUGGACUUUGCUGGCUGGAGCACUGCCAUUGGAGGAGCAGCUGGUGGGGGGGGCACUGCACUGCAAGGGCAACAGAUGAGUCGAGGAGACAUUCCUAUCAUCGUGGAUGCCUGCAUCAGCUUUGUCACUCAACAUGGCUUACGUUUGGAGGGUGUAUACCGGAAGGGGGGUGCUCGAGCACGAAGCCUUCGUCUCCUGGCUGAGUUCCGGCAGGAUGCACGGUCAGUGAAGCUCCGGCCAGGAGAGCACUUUGUGGAAGAUGUAACGGACACGCUCAAACGCUUCUUCCGGGAGUUGGAUGACCCUGUGACCUCUGCACGAUUGUUACCCCGAUGGAGGGAGGCUGCAGAGUUGCCCCAGAAGUCUCAGCGGCUAGAGCGGUACAAGGAGGUGAUUGGAUGUCUGCCCAGAGUUAACCACAGGACAUUAUCCACCCUCAUUGGUCAUCUCUACAGGGUGCAGAAAUGUGCUGCUCUGAACCAGAUGUGUACUCGGAAUCUAGCAUUGUUAUUUGCACCAAGUGUAUUCCAGACAGAUGGACGAGGGGAGCAUGAGGUUCGGGUGCUGCAGGAACUCAUCGACAACUAUGUUUCUGUCUUUGAUAUUGACUCAGACCAAAUGGCUCAGAUUGACCUGGAAGUCAGUCUUAUAACUACCUGGAAAGACGUGCAACUAUCACAAGCUGGAGAUAUCAUCAUGGAAGUUUACUUGGAACAGCAGCUACCAGACAACUGCGUCACCCUGAAGGUUUCCCCAACUCUGACUGCUGAGGAACUGACAAAUCAAGUACUCGAGAUGAGGGGAGCAACAGCUGGCACAGACCUGUGGCUGACAUUUGAGAUCCGAGAACAUGGGGAGCUUGAGCGGCCCUUGCACCCAAAGGAACGGGUCCUAGAACAGGCUCUGCAAUGGUGCCAGCUCCCGGAACCAGGCUCUGCUUCCCUAUUACUGCGCAGGGUCUCCCUAGCCCAGGCCAGUUGCCUCUUCACAGGUGUACGACGAGAGAGUCCCCGGGUGGGCCUGCUUCGGUGCCGAGAAGAGCAUCCCAAGUUGCUAGGAAGUCGUUUUCAGGAAAGGUUCUUUCUACUUCGAGGACGUUGUCUGUUGCUGCUUAAGGAGAAAAGGAGUUCUAAGCCAGAGCGAGAGUGGCCUUUGGAUGGUGCAAAAGUUUAUCUAGGAAUACGCCGAAAGCUAAAGCCUCCAACACCAUGGGGCUUUACAUUGAUCCUGGAGAAGUUGCAGCUCUACCUGUCCUGCACAGAUGAGGCGGAGAUGUGGGACUGGACAACCAGCAUCCUUAAAGCCCAGCAUGAUGACCUGCAGCCUGUGGUUCUUCGUCGACAUUCUUCUUCUGAUCUAGCUCGACAGAAGUUUGGGACAAUGCCUUUGUUGCCUAUUCGAGGUGAUGACAGUGGUGCUACCUUACUCUCUGCCAACCAGACACUGAGACGACUGCACAACCGGAGGACACUAUCCAUGUUUUUUCCCCUGAAGCUGUCUCAGGAUUCUGUGGAAGAACAAGAGGAAGAGGCUGAGGAGCCAGUGUAUGAGGAGGUAGGGGCCUUUCCUGAACUGACCAAGGACUCUCCGUUCCCACUGGACCAGACAUCUGAACCAGAGGUCCCUAGGGAUUCCCCCUCCAGCCAAACUGUAUUUCCAGAGCAAAGUCAGAGCCCACAGAUUGACCGACCCCUGCUUUCAAAGUCAAGCUCUCUGGGACAAGAGAAGGGACCUCCAGAGCUGCCUCCUGGUCCCCCCCAGAAAAUCAGCUUCCAGCAUCAUUUGUCCCUGGAAGACAAACUGUUACAGGAGCUCAACUCACUGAUACUUCGAAAGGGCGAGGCCACUGGUUCCAGUCUGUUGGCUUCUCAGCCUCCUAGUCCCCCAACAUGGACCCCUAACCCUGUUAAUCCCACUACACAAACUCCUGGACACUCUCCCAAAUCUCCAUGUAAUUCCCAUUCCCCAUCUGGCCAGCCACUUACAUGAUCCUGAAGCCAGCAACCAGCUCUAGGAUGGGAAUGUAGAAGGGCCUGAUGCUCAAGAGACAAAAGACAAUAUUUAUCCCAAGUGCCUACUCUCUAAGGGACUAAGCUAGGGGCUGGAAAUACAAAGACAAAAAAAAAAAAAAGGAUAAAAAUUCCCUCCUUUCAGGGAGCUUAUAUUCUAAAGACCCCCAUUUCCCUACAUACCAGAAUAUUUAAAGCAUUGAUGGGAAGCUCUAUCAGUUACAGGCCAGGGAGAACUCCUCCCUGUCCCUGAAAAUCCAGUGUGGAAAGAAUGAGUCAGGAGACCUGGGCUGCAGUCAGGAUUCUGUUACUAACUAGUUCUAUAAUCUUGGGCAGGUCCCUUCCCCUCUCUGGACCUCAGUUUCUCCAUGUGUAAAAUAAGAGGGUUAAAUAGAUUUCUGAGCUCCCUUCCAGGACUGACAUUCUAUGUUCUAAGUCCCCUAAGAGCCUCAUUGCUCAGUAGGCCUGUUGGGUUGGGGAGGUUUGGAUGCAGACAGCCAGGCAGGAUGGGAAUCCAUUUAAUAAACUUUGAAAACAAA